CAGCCCUUGUCCUCGCAUCCACACCCCCCUCUCUUCCUGUUAUGCCACCUUUGCGGCGGCGCUUCCCGUAGUCAAGUGCUUGUUAUUAGAUUUGAUCUAGGAUAAUUUGCCAGGAGUAGCUUUCGGGCGCCCUGGGGUUGCAAGCUUUAUAUUUGUCUGCAUGCCUUGUCUUGCAUGAUAUUAUCGAGAUCAAUCUUGUCGACGAGUCUCUCCUAGUCCGCCAUGAUCGUCCUUCCUAGGCCUACUAUGCUUCCGAAUCUGGGAGCUCCUAGUGCUCACAGCACAAAUAUUGAGUCUUCUGGCUCACGAUUCGUCCACCACUAUCAUCCUUACCGCAACCAUCAACAUCACCACAGUCAACCUCACAACCGCCAUCAUCAAAGUCAGCCUCAAAUGAGCCGUCUGCACCAGCACCGACGUGAAUUCAGUCACCCACAUGCACACCGACAUGACAGUCCGCCUCAAAGGCAAGAGCAACAACCGCAGCAACAACCACAGCAACGGCAGUAUCAUUCCCCGCAACCUCAACAAGCCCUUCCCCAUCGGCAGCAUUUACGAAUCAUGCCGUCCCUGAUCGAGCGUCUACCACCAGAGGUCCAAAAGACUGUCUUUUCCUACCUGGACUACGAAGCCCUCAUCCAUCUGUCCACCAUGAAUCGAUAUUUUCAUCGGAUUAUAGACCCUCAGAGGAUGGCCGAUCCAGCAGACAAAGCACAGUUUAUCAUGAGAGCGGCGAAAGACUUCCCUCAGCAUCGCCCUAGUGAGAAGGGGCAUGACUACAAGCCUGGAAACUUUGAGUGCUACAUUUGCUUCCGUGUGCGAUCGCCAGAGCAUUUUGACAUGCUGCAACCCCAGUCCGUCUAUGUCGAUAUUCACAGCCACAUCGUCCGUGACCGAGAGCCGGACCCGCGGUCGGAUAGACUCAUCAUGCUUCGACGGUUCUGCAUCUCUUGCGGCGUGGACACAGGCAUCCAUGCUCCGUUCGACUGUCUCACUACACGGACGGGGCGCGAUCUUUGGGUCUGCAGAUGCAGGAAAGUGUGGUCCAAGCCGCUCUGCCUGCGGUGCCCUGACUGUCAGGGAGACUGUCCUCUCCGGCCAAGAAGGAAGUUGGGAGUUGAUCGUGCAUAAUUUGUGCGGUUGCUUAUCGGCAGUGGCUUAUGCGGUUGGAGGCGGUAACAUUCUGUUUGUGUUAUUGGAGGCGGAUGCAUCAAACCGGAUCGGAACUGAGAAGAGAGUGGAUAAAUUCUUGGCAUGAGAUAUAAUUACGGCCGUUUCGUAGAAUGGGGGGCUCUAAGGGUGGAAGGGUUACACAAGGAACUGGGAACAAAGGGGGGAGUUAUGCAUUGCUGGCGUUUAUGGGGGUUUUAUAGGAACACGAAUAGCACGAGAUUGGUAUCUAUUGUUAAUAGAAGGGUAGUAGCUGCUGCGAAAAAUUUCGUUCCAUUAUGUCUUAUCCAAGCUUUUACAUGCAG